GGCACUGACUGGCAUCACUGCUGGGCACUGACUGGCGGCACUGCUGGGCACUGACUGGCACAACCGCUGGGCACUGACUGGUGCCACUGACUGGCAGCACUGCUGGGCUGCACUGAUGGGCACUGGUGGGCACAGGUGGGUGGCACUGCUGGGCACAGGUAGGUGGCACUUCUGGGCACACUUGUGUGACACUGCUGGGUGGCACAGGUGGGCGGAGUUAGUGGGCGCACUGCUGGGCACAGGUGGGCGGAACUUGUGGGUGGCACUGCUAGGCACCGAUCAUUAGGGCACUGAUCAUCAGUGCCCUGAUGAUCGGUGCCAAUCCCUGCUCUAACAACUGCCGUUUCUCGGCAAUACUUUCCUCACGAUCCGACAGCGUGAGGAAAGUGCAGCCGAGAAACCGGCAAUUGCAU